AGUAAUUUACAAAUAUGUUUAAAGAGUACCUGUCAUCAACAAGAACUUUUAAUAUGUUGUUCAUAAUCAUUAAUGAAGAUAUAUUGUAAUAUAUCGACAUUAAAAAAUAUUAAUAUUUAUACCAGUUUUUUUCAUUUUAUACUUUUGGCCACUAGGGGUCACUCUUCUAUGCCUGGUCUGCAAGCAGCAUCCUAUGCUUUUCAUAGUAAGUGUACAGCUCUUAGGACUAACGCUGAAAGGGCUCUGGUCCUUCCACCGGAAGUUCAGUACUCUCAGCUCAGGACUCGCUCCCAGCCUGUGAGCUACAAGCCUGCACAUGCCUCUCAUAUAACAGAGGCCAGUCACCUCCCCCUCCCCCCUGCCCCUCACCACACGUUAUCUUAUACAUUGUAUUAUCUCACUGCACUCCGUGCUCUGUGCAGCUGUUGGCUGUCUGGGCAUGCUGGGAGUUGUAGUUUUGCAACAGCUGGAGGUGGCCUGGUUGGGAAACACUGCUGCAGAGGGAGAGCAGCAUACAGGAAGACUGGCAGAAGCAGAGUCCCAGCCAUGCGACAUCAUGCCUGCCGGGACCCGCCUCCUUCCACCCCUCAGAAAGACAUUGCUCCUGAGCUAAUGAAGAGGGAUAAAAAAAGUGAAUGCUGAACGCUGUAUUCAUAUAUGAACUCUCUCUACAGAAACUAAGAUACUUUGCUGGCCAGAAGGUAUUCCUGUACCCACUACGCACGUAUCAAAAAUAAAGUAUAGUGUGAAGAAUGAGCAACCACCAACUCCAAGCCAGAUGCAUCAACAGCCUCCACGGCACACGAUCAGUCAGACCGUCAGCCAGACCACCACGUCUACCCAAUGCGCACGUCCGCGCACCCCACGACACCGUCGCACCAACUCCCAGUCUGCUGACUCCAGAUGUCUGAUCUUCUCUCCAUGGAUCUUCUCUCAAAACCGAGGUUUCCUGAGGUCUUCUCCUUUCUCAAGUCUCUGUUUACACCUGGAAGCAAGGGAGUGUCCCAUUGAAAUGUAAUCCUGACAUACCUGUAUGGCAGCUUGUUGUGAGCCUUUACGGUCAGGCCUUUUAUAGGAAUCAGAGAAGCUUAAAAUGAAGCAAAUAUUGCAAUAGGAUCGCUUUUGUGUUGUCUGCCUUCGCAGUGAAUGAACAAGAAAAUGCCCAGGAGAGAGCUCUUCGGCCCUUGGCUAAUUCGACAGAUCAACGGCAACAAUUAUGGUGUUCGCUGGUUGGAUGAAAGUCGAAUAUUAUUCCGCCUGCCGUGGAAGCACCUAAAUAUGAAGAAUGCAAAUGAGAGGGAUUAUGGGAUAUUCAAGGCCUGGGCUAUUUGCAGUGGAAAAUAUAAUUCACAAUGUGAGGACCCCCCGACGUGGAAAACAAACUUCCGUUGUGCCCUGAACCAGGUGUCAUACCAUGGAAGUAAAAUGUUCACUGAAAUUGAAGAUCAUUCAAGCGACCAGCGAGAUCCUCAUAAGAUAUAUAGGUUCAAUGGUGUUCAUCAUGAUGUACCCACACCCAAUCCAAAUGUUGCCCCCUUCAGUGAAGCCCCCAGUAAUUCAGAAGCUGAGCAAAGUUUUCACAGUGAGUUAAAUGAUGAAGAGUGCACACUCCGCAUAAGUCCUGAUAUUCUUCGAGUUGCCCCAUUUCCCAGGCAAGAGGAAUCGGAAGUCAUUGAAGAAUUAAUGAGAAAUAUUUUACUGGAUUCAACAGAAAACAGCAUACAGCAAGUUCUAAACCUCUCACAAGAUGAGUAUACACAAGAUGGUCCACAUGUGGAUCAGGUUUACAGACAAUCCACACAUGAGCAAUGGUCAAAUUCACAACUGAUGGAAUCAUGUGUUACCAAUGGACAGGAGCAAGCCGCUCACAGGGAGCAGUCUAUCCAUAUACCAGUGUUUCGUGAGCAAUAUACACAAUAUCAAAUGUGUAACAUUUAUCAGAAUGGAUAUCCCCAAAAUGUGGCUGUGACCCACAUCUACGAACAGUCUACACUUCCACAGUUCCAGCACCCACCACCAGUUCUAACUGGUUUGGUUUUAUCAUCUAACGAACAUAACUGGUGCCAACAAGAAAUUGCACAGGACAUAGUCCCUAAUGCUGUUCAGAAUGGUUUUCAGCAAGACGUGGACCAAGUUAUCAAUCCCUCUCCUGUAAGACACGAUCCACCCCUUCUUAAUGGAUCAAGGCAGACUUUUGUGCAACAUACCCAGGAAACCCUAAUAAAUCAGCACAAUGCACAAGACUUAUCAUACAGUAUUGCUAUCAAUGGAGGUCCAGAUGAUGGACCAAGAGUCAACCAAGGUAUCAAUUCUUCCCCAAAUUACUCCUAUCACACCACCAAUGAAGAAUGUGCAAGGUCAUCACCUCUGGGUCACGAUAUACCACUUGUCAAUGGAUCUGAACAGGCUCCUGCACCCAAUUCCCAAACUGCCUUACUGAAUCAACAAAGGAGAAUGCCACCUCUCACAUCUUGGGAAGUUACUGUAUACUAUCGAGGAAAAGAGGUUCUUAAAGACAAUGUGUCCAAAAAUGUUUUAAUCACAAGCGAUGUUGACAACGCCCAGAUGGAUCAGACAGACACAGUCCAAUUCCCUUCAACAGACAUGCUUGUAAAUCAUAAACAGAUCAAGUACACCGAUCAGAUUCUUAGCAAUGUUGGGAAAGGACUUUUGCUGGAAGUCAAUCCUGACAAUUACAAGGUUUACGCUACAAGAAUGGGCAAGUCAAGAGUUUACUGGAGCUUGUCAGAAAGUGUAGAAACUCAAGAAACGGCUUCAGAGGACAAAUUGCUGGUCAGAGAUGUCCCCACAGAGAUAUUUGACUUCAAUCAGUUUUGGGAAGAGUUGAAAGGUUACCAUCAACACAGAAGGCCAUCACCAGACUACACAAUAUAUAUGACAUUUGGGCAGAGUCUGUUUGAGCCGGUGAUGAGGAAAUUCAUUCUAGUGAAGCUUGUCCCAAAUCUUUGCACGUUUUUGCAUCAAGUUGCUCAACAAAAUGGUGCAUCAUCCCUGCACUCAGAGGUCGUCAGCCUCCAGAUCUCAAAUGGAAGUUCCUUCAAUAGCUAUGAUCUAAAUGGAUUGUGUUUAAUGGAUCUUGACUUCCAAGCUUUAAUUUAAGGUGUUGUUACAUUCCAUGGAUAGUCCUGUUAUCUUCGUUAUAUCAGAUUACAACAAACUACUUUACUCUUUAUUUUUCGCCUAUGGGAAUUUGGUUUGGUGAAACUACAACUCCCAUCAAUCUAAUGAACAUCUGUUUUUUCACCAUAGUUUGUUUUUUAGGGCAAUAAUGCUUUGGCUCUUUGCUCCAAAACUAUUGCAGGAUUGUAGGAUCAAAGUGUAUUAUAUGCAUUUUUAUUAAGACUCUCAGUGCACUCCACCAUCCUUGAGGUCACAGGAGAACUAUGGCUCCAUAGUUCUCAUGUAACCUCGAGGAUGGUGGAGUCCUUACAGGUAGUAUGCUUUGCCAUCUUUGAUGUUCUCAAAACUAUUUAAAAGGGACCAGUGAACGCACAAAGCAUGCUAUACAUGAAUAUAGUUGUAUAUUAAUAAUUCUGUAGAUAUUUAACUUAUUUUAACAUAAACUGAUUCUAUAUAACACAUGUCAAGGAGGAUUGUUUAGGAGGAUUGUUGGUCUGCUAGUCUGUUGACCUACUACAGUGUGGACAACUCCACCUUAAAGGGGGUUUCCCAUGAAGUUAAACAGAUAUAAACUGAUACAUUAUGUGAAAAUAGAGAUGUCAAAUGUACAACUAUUUUUUUUUUUAAAUGUACUGUAUGAGAUAUGUACUUACUUAUCCCCCAUGUACUGGCUUAGUGCUGAUAACCUGUUGCACUUGGUUGCAUUCACCUUAUGGAAUCCAUUAAAGGGGUACUCUGGUGAAAAAACUAUUUUUUUUUUUAAAUCAACUGGUGCCAGAAAGUUAAACAGAUUUGUAAAUUACU